GGAAAGGUCACAGGGGCUCUUCCAACAUGGCGGCGGCGGCGCUGCGGCAAAGCUGGUGCCGCUGCCCGCGGAGAUGCCUUGGGAAUGGAGUCCAGUUUCUUGCCAGCCACAACCUACUGCCGCUGCCCCACGGAUUGACCUGUCAGAUACGCCGGCCAGGUGGAGAGCUGUCCCUGUCCAAAUCCUAUUCUUCUGGCAACAGAAAAGGCUUCCUGUCCGGCUUGCUAGAUAAUAUCAAACAGGAAUUAGCCAAAAACAAAGAAAUGAAAGAAAGUAUAAAAAAAUUCCGAGACGAGGCCAAGAAGCUGGAAGAGUCAGACGCGCUCCAGGAAGCCCGAAGGAAAUAUAAAACCAUCGAAUCUGAGACCGUCAGGACCAGUGAAGUUAUCAGGAAGAAGCUCGGGGAACUCACAGGCACAGUGAAGGAGAGUCUGGACGAAGUCAGUAGAAGUGACUUUGGCCGGAAAAUCAAGGAGGGUGUGGAGGAAGCAGCCAAGACGGCCAAGCAGUCGGCCGAGUCGGUCUCCAAGGGCGGAGAGAAGCUGGGCAGGACCGCAGCCUUCAAAGCCCUCUCGCAGGGUGUGGAGUCUGUGAGGAAGGAGAUCGACGAGAGUGUCCUGGGGCAGAUGGGGCCCUACCGGAGGCCUGAGCGGCUCAGGAAAAGGACGGAGUUUGCGGGAGAGAAAAUCAAGGAAGAGAAAGUGUUUGAGCCCAAUGAGGAGGCCCUGGGUGUUGUGCUCCACAAGGACUCCAAGUGGUACCAGCAGUGGAAGGAUUUCAAGGACAACAACGUGGUCUUUAAUCGCUUCUUCGAGAUGAAGAUGAAGUACGACGAGAGCGACAACGCGUUCAUCCGCGCGUCCCGGGCGCUCACCGACAAGGUCACAGACCUGCUGGGGGGCCUCUUCUCGAAGACGGAGAUGUCAGAGGUGCUCACGGAGAUCCUGCGGGUGGACCCUGCCUUUGACAAGGACCGCUUCCUGCGGCAGUGUGAGAACGACAUCAUCCCCAACGUCCUGGAGGCCCUGAUUGCUGGAGAGCUCGACAUUCUCAAAGACUGGUGUUAUGAAGCCACCUACAGCCAGCUGGCCCACCCGAUCCAGCAGGCCAAGGCACUAGGCCUCCAGUUCCACUCCCGCAUCCUGGACAUCGACAACAUCGAUCUGGCCAUGGGCAAGAUGAUGGAGCAGGGACCCGUGCUGAUCAUCACCUUCCAGGCCCAGCUGGUGAUGGUGAUCAAGAACCCCAAGGGCGAAGUGGUCGAGGGUGACCCGGACAAAGUGCUGCGCAUGCUAUACGUGUGGGCGCUCUGCCGGGACCAGGAUGAGCUGAACCCCUACGCCGCCUGGCGGCUCCUGGACAUCUCGGCCUCCAGCACGGAGCAGAUCCUCUGAGUGCGGCCCCACCACUGAGGGGCUCUGGGGCUGGACCAGCACACACGAGACAGAUGGGGGGUGGUCAGGUGUCUACCUGCAGCCACUGCAGACAUCUGGGCCAGGACAUUUGCCUCCAACUCGGUCCCUGCCAGGGUGGCUGCAGAACCAGCCAGCAGAGGAGGAGCCAGGCACUAUGGAGGACGCCUGGUGGCUGGACGCUCCCCGCAGCGCCAGCCCCUGCACUCCUUCCCCAGUGGGGGCAGCUGGAAGACUGGCUGGAGGGAGGCACAGAGGACAGUGUCAAGAGGUCCCGGGGUCCAGGGAGCCCCUUGGGGGCAAGGUGGUGGGGCCCAGGCCCUGCCACUCAGGGGCCUGCUGGCCACCUCAGCCAGGCUGUUUUAGUUCUGUAAUUUUUUAACAGUGCCCUUACUUCCUGAACAUGAGUCUGAGAUUUGAAAAUAAAAAUAAAACACCAA